AUGGAGGCCGUAACAGCAUCAGACAACCCGAAGACGCUGCCAACUCUUCCCUCCCCGACGUCAGUGCGCCAGCUGCCUCCCUCCGAACGGCCGCCAUCUCUCCCUCCUCCCCGGACCUCCUACGAGAAUACAUGGGGGGGUCGCUCAUAUCAUCCCUACGAAAACGCGGACCAACGAGGGCCAUCUUCAUACUCGGUCUCCCCGCGAGAAAGCUCCCAUAUUUCAGAAUCAUACGGCAGGCCGGGAAAUAAUAUACCUCCCGCCUCCAGGACACCCAACGGCACGUUCAGACCGGUUAAUGGUGCCCACGACAGCAACCCCAAUCCUCCUAAUAACUACCAGCCUCCGCCGAACGAUUUCCAUACCCGACCUAGCAGCUAUGGCCCUGAUAGCGGGCACCAGAAUGGUGAACAUCAUAGCUUACAGAUGAUUUCGCCUGUCGAUGGCAUGCAGCCGCCUUCAUCAUCGCACCGGCCAUACCCUCCCGGUACACCAAUAGCGCAGACACACAGCCCGUACGAACAGAACAACUACUUCCUCAACCAGCCUAACUCGCAGGCACAGUCGCAGGCUCAACGGCAGCGCCGAACCACACGGGCGCAACAGGCUUGCGAUCAAUGUCGUGCGCGAAAAGCGAAAUGUGACGAAGGUCGCCCGUCAUGCAGCUUGUGUAAAGAGAGCAACUCUGCCUGCGUUUAUAAAGAUGUUCCGCCUCACAAACACGAACGCUCGACCCAACUGGUACUAGAUCGUCUUAAGCAGCUAGAUGAUAGAUUCAAUGAUAUGCUGAAGGGACAGGCAGAGCAAGACUCAAAACUAGAAGCUUUGAUACGGGCUCAGAAGAUGUCCCCUUUUAGUCCAAAGAUCGAGAAGAAGCCAGAGAUCGUCCAGCAACCAUCUGAGCCUGCAGAACAGGAACGGAGCCCCCCGCAAGCCGCAUCUACCAACGAAGCUCCUAGUGGUGGAAAGCAUAUAAAGGAUGAGCACAUCGACCUACACAUUGACGACGAUGAGCUAUCUAUCCCAAUCGAGCACACUACCGCAGCACACAAACUUCUUCUAUGGCCAUCGAUACGGAAAUUACUACCUGAUCGAAUUGACGCGGAAUAUGUAAUGGAGCUGGAGGAAGAACGGGGUCCUAUUCGACCCUAUGGCCGCGGUGAAGGGGAAGACGGACAUGACAUCAGCGUUUACCCACUUAGCCCGAAACUUCGAUCCCCAAGCCCCCGAGAUGAUGAAGGCUACCAAUCCCGCUCGCCUAGCACAGGCUACGGAACUGGACUGGAAAUUUACCAGUUAAACCCUACCGUGCGCGUCCCAAAAGAGCGCCAGGUAGGUGGCCUCAAUGCCUCUGGGGUGCUGAACCUCGAUGCAGAUGUUAUCGAUAGGUAUCGCCAUAGCUACCUCCAACACAUGCAUAUCCUGCACCCUUUCCUCGGUCAGGAUAGCCUAAACAACAUGAUUGCGAACUUCAUCCGGACGUACAGCCCCCAGGCUAAAACUGCACCAGCACCGCUACCCUCACGAGCCGAUCCAACAUCGGGCAUCCAUAGAGUUCAAAAACGGAAGCGAUCCGUCGAUAUGUCGGAUGGCUACCCCAUUGAGAUAGAAUCCCCGGCAUCAGACACCUUCUCCCCUAAUGGUGGUCAUGAAAUUCAACGCUCUCUUGAUAAUGCAAUUGUGUUGCUGGUAUUGGCCCUGGGCGCGAUAUGCGCAUAUAAAGGCCCAAUCCCAGGCCCCGUACGCCAUACGCAGCCUGUCCCCUUCACACCCGUAAUGGGAGAGCACUCUCUAGCGGUCUCAAACUCCCCGCCCGAGAGCAUGCCAUUUGCAAAUCACCAUAGACGAUUUUCCACGCAGUCAACCCACGUUGGGCCGGACCCACCUGACGUGAGAAAUAUGGAUGUCAUUCCUGGAAUGGCAUAUUACGCGCUUGCCUCAGAUAUUUUAGGAAAUUUACAUGGUGGGAACGAUCUGGCGCUUGCUCAAGCUUGUCUGCUUGCCGCUCUAUAUACAGGACAACUUGCACAUCCGUUCUCUAGCCAUGGAUGGAUUUAUCAAGCAGCCCGAGCCUGCCAAGUUUUGGUUCGACCACGAAAAUAUGAUCGCAUGCCUGAAGGCCCAAAGAAAGACUUGACCUGCCUGGUUUUCUGGACUUGUCUGCAACUUGAGAGUGACAUAUUGGCCGAGCUUGAUCUGCCAGCGAGUGGGAUCAGUCGACUAGAGGGGCGCAUGAAUUUUCCGCGAGGUGUCUUUGCGCAUACCAUCCCAAACGAAAUAUAUGCGCCUAAUACCAUGAUGAUGAUGUAUUACCUUGUGCAGGUCCACCUCCGAAAGGUUCUUAAUAGGAUCCAUACCGACCUCUACAAAGCUGAAAAGCAAGGAGGCGAAAAGGCCCGCUGGUCGACCAAGAUCCAGGAAGCGCUGAGCUUCAAUCUUGAGCAAUGGCGUAGUGGCCUCCCAGAAUACAUGCGAUGGUCUGACUCCGACCCACCGGCAAAAGACAUCAACACUGCACGUAUGCGCGGGAAGUACUACGGCGCGAAGUACCUCAUCCACCGGCCUCUCCUCCACCAUGCCCUGCAUCCCAUGGCCCCUAAGCCGCGCAACCCUGCCCCCGCCGACUCGCCAGCCCAAUCUACAGUGUCAAGCUCACAAUCCCAGGUAUCGCCAUCUCUCUCACAUGUCCAGCAGGCGGAGAAAAUGGAGCGAUAUACAAGCGAGAUGGGGCCGCCGGUGCGCACCCCAUCGAACGAUCCACAACCCCCAUCAGUGAAAGACCUGGAGCCCAAGGUUUUUGAUGCGUGUAUGGUCUGCAUCAAUACCGCAAUGAACAGCACUGUUGCCUUCGACGGCGUAGAAGGGCGCCCCAUUGUGACCAAUAUUUUUGGGACUGCUCAUGCUCAAUUUGGCAACAUGCUUGUUCUAUCAGCAACCUACACCUCUCAACUUUCGAGCCUCGUGGAUGGCGAGAAACUAUACGCCCUACUCAACCGAACCAUUAAAUUCCUACUACAAAGCAAGCAUAUAUCACCUACUCUCCGCAAGGAUGCAGAGAUCCUAACAUUGAUUCGUCGUAAACUCUUCGAGCAACCCCCACAGCCGCAGCAGCAACCCCAACAGGCCACACAGCAGACACAGCAGGCACAAUCGAGUAGCUUCUCUAGUGACCAUUGA